ACAACUGGGAGCCCUUCACAACAAACUAACAGGUGUCCUCCUCUUCCUCCUCCUCCUCCUUCACAACUCCGUCCGUCCGUCACACCAGCCGCGGGUUUCGUGUCCGUUGCCACCGCCAAGCUGAACGCUGCCGUCUCUGCUUUUUAAUCGACCUUUAAAAACUUUGAAACGUGUUCUCAAAUGAUGCACGCCGCACAGAAAGACACCACCUUCACCAAGAUCUUCGUGGGAGGCCUUCCUUAUCACACUACGGACUCCAGUCUGAGAAAGUACUUCGAGGUGUUUGGGGACAUCGAGGAGGCUGUUGUUAUCACUGAUCGGCAGACGGGGAAGUCCAGAGGUUAUGGAUUUGUGACCAUGGCAGACCGGGCCUCGGCUGACCGAGCCUGCAAGGACCCAAACCCCAUAAUAGAUGGAAGGAAAGCCAACGUGAACCUGGCCUACCUGGGGGCCAAACCCCGAGUCAUUCAACCAGGGUUUGCAUUUGGUGUGCCUCAGAUCCAUCCGGCAUUCAUUCAAAGACCGUAUGGCUUCAGCACAGGAACAAUAAAUGAUCACAGCUUCGUCCUGAACAUGUGCCUGUUUCUAUCCUACAGGAUUCCCGCCCACUACGUCUACCCUCAAGCGUUUGUCCAACCCAGCGUGGUGAUCCCUCAUGUUCAACCUUCUGCUGCUACAGCAACAGCUGCUGCUGCUGCAACCUCCCCAUACCUUGACUAUACUGGAGCAGCGUAUGCGCAGUACUCUGCUGCUGCCGCCACUGCUGCCGCUGCCGCCGCUUAUGAGCAGUAUCCGUAUGCGGCCUCACCAGCACCGACGAGCUACAUGACUACAGCAGGGUAUGGAUACGCUGUCCAGCAGCCUCUCGCCACUGCUGCUACCCCAGGAGCUGCUGCUGCUGCGGCGGCAUUCAGCCAGUACCAGCCCCAGCAGCUUCAGACAGAUCGUAUGCAGUAAAGAUUAUGAAGAUUACUUUUUAUAGCAGGAAAAAAAAUGGGGGGGGGGGCUCUCCUCCACCUGUGAGGAAGAUGAAACGAGGAGUGACAGACGGUAAAGACAGUCACUCUCAUGUUUUCAUUUACCAGACCUUCUUCCAGGGAGCCUGAAGAAAAUAUGGAGACAGAUGAGGAAUUUCUGUUUAUUUUAUUUAAGUGAGAUCAGUAUUGAAUACACAUUUUUUAUAUAUAUAUAUAUAUAUAUAUAUAUAUAUAUAUAUAGAUAUGUGUGUAUAUCUAUGCAUAUGUAUAUAUAUAUAUAUAUAUAUGUGUGUAUAUGUAUGUGUUUAUAUAUAUGGUGUGUGUGUAUGUAUGUGUGUAUAUAUAUGUAUGUGUAUAUAUAUAUAUAUAUAUAUAUAUACACAUACACACACAUACAUGCAUACAUGUUUAUACACACGCGCACACAAAUAUUUAAUAUUUAUUCAACAUUAAAAUAUUUCAUGUUCACAGAACUAGGCUGGACUGGACCUCAUGUAAGCCAUUGCUAAAUAUUUUAUGUAUACUGCAGUGGAAAUUUGUAUGAAAAUCCCAAGUGCAUUUAUGUCUUAUGAUCAGGUUUCCUUCACUACACUCUGAAAACCAACAACACCACAUGCAACAUACAUGAGAGCCAUGGACCACUUCAUCGUCCAGUUUUCAGUAUCUAAUAGUUUUGGACCAUCAUUGUGUUUGGUGAAGCUAUGCACACAGGAAGACGGGGAGUCAGUGUUUUCUUUGGACUGUUACAGUUUAGUUACCCUGAUGUUGUUCCCUGUAAAACAUAUUUUCUUUGAUGGUACAUAUGAAAAAUGACAGCUGAAGCUGGUAAAAGCGCUCAUCUUUUCUUCACCUUUUCACAACACCUCAAGUAAGUAGCGCAAAAGGGAAGAAGCACUGCUGAAUGUGAAUCUUUCAUUUUUGAUAAAAUGUUUCAUAGUGUGCCUUUUUAAAUUAUACUAUUUAUGUAUUUAUUCUGGAAUCUUACAGCAAUAAAACCUUGUGUUUGUUUUGACAUGCAAGUAUGAAGGCUGUUGUAGAACAUGCCCACAUGUGCUGCUGCAUUUGUCAUGAUGAAGAGCGUAUGAUGGUUAGGUAAACUUGGCUUAACAAAGCACUGCUGUCUGUACAAAGAACAAAUGAGUGGAAACGUAGCAAGAAGUUCAAGGCCUUUUCUGUUUUGUUUUUUGUUAUUUUAAUGUUGUCUCUAAGGUUCGUAACUCUUAAAUGUUGCUUUUUAUACUUGACCAGUUUGAUAAGACUGCUGACGUGAACUGCUAACUUUAAAAAUUUCUCACAUUUCUUGUCUUUUGACAUACACAUUUUCAAAGGGCAUCACAUGUUUUGCCUUGUAAUGCAUGAUUCCAAAUAUGUAAUUUGGGAAAUAAACUGAAAUCUACCUUU